CAGAGAGCAGACUGUGUUGACCCAGCCCUUCUUCUGCAGUGGAGCAUUCAUCGGCGCCACGGGUAAAUUGUAAUAGCGAAAGUGUCCCACGGCACGUACGCCGCUGAAAUGGCUGCUGCGGCUCCAGAAGAAACACCCGUGCUGGGUGUUGAGAACGAUGCACCGCCCGUAGAGACAAACGCGGGCAACGAUAAGGAGAAAGAAAAGGGCCUUACCGAGCCGGAAACAGAGGAACCACGCACUAGCGUAGAACCGAAAAUGGAAGAGGUGGAGGUAGAGGUGCAGGCGGAGCCCGGAGAAGAGAAGCCCGCUGCAGCGGCAGACAAGGCCGCGAGAGAGGCGGUGACAGACGUCAGUGCUGCGGUCAACCAAGAGGCGACUGCCGCUCCUGAAGAACCGGAGCAAAAGCCGGAGUCAAAGCAAGGCCCGGGAGAAGGCAACAACGAACCUGCUGCCGACGAUAACUCAUUGAAAGAGGCGAAGGAGGAACAGGGGGAAGACAACCGGUGUUCGAGGAUAAACUGCGAAAAGAGCAAAACAGUUUGUGAAGAUGGUGAGAAACCCAGCGGCGGGGGCGGGGAGCUGGGCGACAAGAGGCGGCCGAGUGCGGAGAUCUCAUCCUCGGAUGGUGAACCGUUGAGCCGUAUGGACUCAGAGGACAGUAUCAGCAGUACCCUGAUGGAGAUGGAGAACACGGUGUCGAGUGGGCGAUCUACACCUGCUAUGAUGAACGGGCAGAGCAGUGCCAGUUCCUCCGGGGUUAAGACGGUGGCUUACUCCUGCUGCUGGGACCUCUGUCCGCAGUGCUUCAACUCGAGUCCUGAUCUGGCAGAGCAUAUCAGGAGCAUUCAUGUGGACGGGCAGAGAGGAGGGGUGUUUGUGUGUCGAUGGAAGGGCUGUAAGGUGUAUAACGCACCAUCUACCAGUCAGAGUUGGCUCCAGAGACACAUGCUGACCCACAGUGGAGAUAAGCCCUUCAAGUGUGUAGUCGGUGGCUGCAACGCCAGCUUUGCUUCCCAAGGAGGGUUAGCUCGUCAUGUCCCGAGCCACUUCAGCCAGCAGAGCUCUUCCAAAAUGUCCAGCCAGGCCAAACUCAAGGAGGAGUCACCAUCCAAGGCUGGACUCAACAAGAGGAAGAAACUCAAGAACAAACGCAGGUGCUCCCUACCGAGGCCCCACGACUUCUUCGAUGCCCAAACGAUGGACGCUAUUCGCCACAGGGCCAUCUGUCUCAACCUCGCAACUCACAUCGAAAGUGUGGGCAACGGCCACAGUGUGGUCUUCCACAGCACGGUACUAGCCAGAAGGAAAGAGGGGUCUGGCAAGGUGAAGGUCCUCCUACAUUGGACACCUGAGGACAUUUGUGCACACAACAUGGUGGCCUUCCUCCACGUCAGGGUUGCUAUAAAUCCUCCCAACCUUCCUCUGUUGGCUGAUUCAAUAUUUGUUGUGCUCUCAGCGUGAGGAUUCCAGGUCCCCUUAUAGUCCACAUCGCACCUCAGCUUGAAGCACCAGGGCUCCCCUCGAAGGGAGCUCAGGGCAUCAGCCAUGAUUAUCGGCCAGUAUCCUCACUCAGUGUUAUGAUAUCCAUGUUCAUGCCUGGAGCACUGAUGGAGAGAAGUCUUUGCCCCUCUCCUGCUGUGGCACUGGCUCUAAACCUUCUUGGUUUUACUCAGAUGAACCUUAAAUUGGUCCACUGAAGUGGAUGCAGUAUUUUGGUGUAACCUCUGGAUGAACUCGCACUAAAAGAAAUCAUUCUCUGCCCAUUGGAACGUGAGCCAAUCUGCCUGGCUACAUGCUACACCAGGCUCAGCCAUCCUGAGGUGAACAUUGGCACCACUUUAGCACCAACUCACUUGGCAAUUUGGCAGAAGGGCAUUCAGUUUUCGGCAGUUUACGAGAUGGGUCUGUCCCAGAGAAAAAGACAGAGCUGCACAGAACACUGUAACAUACAGCAGGGCUCUUGCUCAGGGGAAGCUCCUACCAAACUUCCAAAACUCCCAUUUAAAGGUUUUGACUGCACAGCCUCUGAGUAUGAUCAGAGAAAGAAUGAAAGAGAGUUGGGAGAUGAGAAGAAGUAAGCAGAAAGAGGUAAAGAGAGAGGAGGAGGAAAAGAGAACAAGGUUAAAGGAGAAGUUGGAAAACAAAGAGAAAAAUGAAUUUGGCUAAGAUGGCACUGCAAAGAAACCCGGAUGAUGCAUCAUGAAGAAGAUUGUAGCUGUCGGCCAUCAAUAAACAUACUGUAGCUAAACCCUUGUUCUCUCAGCCUUCUGCUGCUUCAUCAUCCCAUCCUUCCUCCUCUUCUUUCCUUUUCCCCGUCUCUGAUCCACCUCUGCUAUCUCCUCCUCGCCCGUGUGUGGGAGUUUAAUCUUUUGCAUAGAGCAAUAAUGAGUGGAAGUGGAGAAAGAUGAACAUUGUUGAUGAGGAAAGACUCCUCAGAUUAACAGAACGACAUAGAUGGAGAUUGAUAUCGAGACUCAAAGACAGAUGGAGGCAGAAUGGAUGAGGGAAAGAAUGGGGGAGACGGAGAAUAGAGGAAGGUGAGAAAUGGGAGUGGGAAGAAAAAUGGUUGUGGGAGAGAGAGAAAUGUGAAGAUGAGGCAGAAUGUAAACAGAGAGUGAAUGAUGGGGAGAGGACUAAACAAAGAUGGAAAACAAGAGAGAUACUCUUCUGCUUGGUCCAUGCAGGAGAAAUCUGUGACGCUACUGAGUCAUAUUUGCCCCGCCGCAGCGAGUGCUCUGGUCAUUAAUAACCAUAACCAAUUCAUAGUGAGUUGGUGAAGGACAUGCAGAGUGAUAUCUUAAUCUGAGACAGUGGCUGUAUUGUCUCACAGCAGAUACAAAUGGACCAGGAGAUGAAAGCAUCUAUGUAUGAUCCCCUGUAGGUAGCUAGCUAAAUAAGCUAACAUUAGUUCCAUGAGUUGGUGACAUGGUAUCGCCCCUAAAGACAGGCUAAAGCUACAUGACCCAUGCAACUAGUGAGCAUCCUUAUCAGUUGAUGACCUCCAUGGAAGUCAUGGACAUAAAGAGAGUAGAGGUAUAUCGCAGGUGACUUCUGAACUUCUCCAAAUUCACAAAAACAACUAUAAAGAGCUGCUAUCAUUAGCCUGAUAGUCUAUGAUCGUCCCCAGCUAUGAAGCCGGACAUGCUAACGAUUUCAGCUUGAAUACAGAGACAAACACACCCUUUAAUCCAUUCCUUACACUUUAUCUUUUGUGUUUUUUGAUUUUGUUAAGUCUAAAAUAAUAAAUAAAGCAGCACACUGUUUAAAUGCUGGGCAUUGCUCUUUGUACAGCCUCAUGCGCACCGCUUCAGCAUGUGGAAAUGUGAAAAUCAAAAACCUUGACAGGCAUGCAAUCCUUGUUCAGAUUUAGCGUGAACGGUUCUGAGACAAGGAUGGUUGUUGGUGAGUCUCAAUGUAGUCGAGUUAAUUUUAGAUUCAGUUAGUGUAAUGUCCUAGUAUUGCAUAGGCAACCUGGUGGUCAUCAAGUGUCAUGACCCUCAACACCAAGGUCAACAUCAAGUGCUGUACUUUGUGCGUGUACUUGUACGUUUCUCAGUCACUGAGUCAAUGAUUAGCCGCGUGAAUGUGGGAAGUCAUGUUUAUUAAUGCUGGAGCAAACCAUUCACAUUCUGACUGACACUCAUUAACUCCAUUUGGAUUAAUGAGUAACUGAUUAACAUGAACCAUUCUGAACAUGAACCACCAGCGGCUCA